AUGAUUGCUCUGUCUGAAGAGUCCAAGGUUCGCAUGCCAGAGCGAAUCGCCAAGGUCAUUGACGUCUCGCGCGUGGCGAUCCACUAUGGCUACCUCCCGCUGAUUCUGUACCUCGGCUACACGCGCAGCGACCCUCGUCCUUCCAUCAUCCGGUACGCUUGCGCCUCCCCCUUUCCAAAAAAGUUCCCACACCUCAACCUCAACCCCCUCGCCAACCUCGUUCCUGAUGACGCGUGCCAUGCUCUCCCCGUCGACAAUGUAGCCGUCGCCCUCCCCGAUCGCGCCAAACACCCUCUCAAUCUCUACAUGCCGGACCAUCGCCAUGGGGGUCCGUCUCCCGCCGUGGUCGAGAGCGUUGCCGGCCUGAGCGCAGGCGUCAUCUCGACCGUCGUCGUGCAUCCCUUGGACAUCGUCAAGACCCGAAUGCAGAUCUACCGGAGCGCCGGGCAGUCCGCCUCGCCCCCGACGACCGUCGCCAUCCUGCGAUCGCUCACGUCCAACAGCCAGCCCAUGCUCUCGCUGUACCGCGGCCUCACGCCCAACCUCGUCGGCAACGCAACAUCCUGGGCCUUCUUCUUCUUCUUCAAGUCCCGGUUCGAGCGCGCCAUCGCCUACUCCAACAGCCGCAGCCGGCCGUCGGCAGCAGACUACUUCCUGGCCUCGGGCCUCGCCGGCGCCUCGACUUCCGUCCUCACGAACCCCAUCUGGGUGCUCAAGACACGCAUGCUCUCGUCGGACAAGGGCUCCGCCGGCGCCUACCCCUCGAUGCUGGCCGGCGCGCGGGCCAUUUGGCGCACAGAGGGCGCGCGCGGCUUCUACAGAGGCCUCGGCGUCUCGCUGCUGGGCGUCUCCCAUGGCGCCGUGCAGUUCGCCGUCUACGAGCCCGCCAAGAGGGUGUACUUCAGCAGCCGCGUCGCCGAGGGGGACGCGCACCCGCGGCUGACCAACGAGGCUACCGUUGUGAUAUCGAGCGCGGCCAAGCUGAUAGCCGGCGCGGUCACGUAUCCGUACCAGGUCCUGCGCAGCAGGAUGCAGAACUACCGCGCCGACGAGAGGUUCGGGAAGGGCAUCCGGAGCGUCACGACGAGGAUUUGGGCCGAGGAGGGUGCUGCCGGCUUCUACAGGGGCUUGGUGCCGGGCGUGGUGAGGGUCAUGCCCGCCACGUGGGUGACGUUUUUAGUCUACGAGAACGUCAGGUACUACCUGCCGGCGUGGCUGGCGUAG